UCCACUCUCUCUCUCUCUUCUCUCUCUCCUUGCACGUCACGACAAAUAUGUCUUCGUUUCGAUCAUCCAAAAAGUGUUUUGCCUCUCCCCUUGCCACCACCUCCUCCUCCCUCAAGACGCCUGUCUCAUCUACGGUCUCUCUCUCUCUGAAACCCAACCUCCCCGCUCUCUCUCUCUCUCUUCUUUUCCUUCGGCGGCUCAGAGUCUAGGGCUUGAUCAGAGGAGAAGGAGGAGGAGAGGAUGGGAACUUCCCAGCGACAGUUGAAAACUAUGCUUCGGAAGAACUGGCUCCUCAAAAUUCGUCAUCCUUUCAUCACUUUUUCGGAGAUAGUGCUUCCAACUGUUGUAAUGCUCAUGCUAAUUGCUGUAAGGACCCGAGUUGAUACACGACUUCAUCCAGCACAGCCUUACAUUCAAAAGGAGAUGUUUAUUGAGGUGGGAAAAGGUGAAAUUUCCCCUACUUUUGUUCAAGUUUUGGAGUUAUUGGCGGCCAAGGGUGAGUAUUUGGCUUUUGCACCGGAUACAAAUGAAACCAGGAUGAUGAUCGAUGUAUUAUCCGUAAAAUUUCCUCUACUGAAGCUGGUUAGUAGAAUUUACAAAGAUGAAUUAGAGCUUGAAACCUACAUACGCUCAGAUCUUUACGGUGUCUGGCACAAAGUCAAGAAUUGUUCGAACCCAAAAAUCAAAGGAGCAAUAAUUUUUCAUGAUCAAGGUCCUGAGUUGUUUGAUUAUAGCAUUCGCCUCAACCACUCAUGGGCUUUCUCAGGAUUUCCGGAUGUUCAGACUAUCAUGGAUGUUAAUGGCCCUUAUCUAAACGACUUGGGAUUGGGUGUCAACCCUGUACCUAUUAUGCAGUACAGCUUCAGUGGAUUUUUCACUCUUCAACAAGUUAUGGAUUCUUUCAUAAUAUAUGCUUCCCAGCAAACUGCAUCUAAGUUGGACACUGAUGCUAUUGAGUCACCUUUGCAUUCAAUUGAUGCACCUUCCCCACCUAAGAUAUCAUGGAGGCAAUUCAGCCCUUCCACAAUAAGGCUGGCUCCAUUUCCAACUCGUGAAUAUACCGAUGAUGAGUUCCAGUCCAUCGUCAAGGAAGUCAUGGGAGUGCUGUAUCUACUGGGAUUUCUGUAUCCAGUGUCUUGCCUCAUUAGUUCUGCUGUGUUCGAGAAGGAACAAAAGAUAAAAGAAGGUCUCUACAUGAUGGGUCUGAAAGAUGAGAUAUUCUACCUUUCUUGGUUCAUCACUUAUGCUUUGCAGUUUGCAAUUUCAUCUGGGAUCAUCACCCUAUGCACAAUGAGUACCCUUUUCCAGUACAGCGACAAGUCGGUGGUUUUCAUGUACUUUUUUCUGUUUGGCCUCAGUGCAAUAAUGCUGUCCUUUUUGAUAUCUACAUUCUUCACACGAGCAAAAACAGCUGUGGCAGUUGGUACCCUUUCAUUUCUUGGGGCCUUCUUCCCUUACUAUACCGUCAACGACCAAGGUGGUCCUAUGAUAUUGAAAGUCAUUGCUUCUUUACUUUCACCAACGGCAUUUGCUUUGGGGUCAGUUAACUUCGCUGACUAUGAGCAUGCACAUGUUGGACUUCGUUGGAGCAACAUCUGGCAGGCAUCAUCUGGAGUGAAUUUUUUGGUCUGCCUCCUGAUGAUGUUGGUUGACUCAAUUUUGUAUUGUGGGAUUGGUCUUUACCUGGAUAAGGUCCUUCCAACGGCGAGUGGAGUCCGUCAUCCUUGGAAUUUUUUAUUUCACAAGUGUUUUGGAAGAAAGAAAAGUCCCAGUGAACAUUGGGCCUCCAGCUCGGAUGUCGCCAAAGGAGCUGUCAAUUUUCCUGGAAAUGAUGUUUCUGAAGCUGUUGUGGAAGCGAUAAGCUUGGAAAUGAAGCAACAAGAGCUUGAUGGCAGAUGCAUCCGGAUUAGGAAUCUGAGGAAGGAGUACACUAAUAAGAAAGGGAGGUGUUGUGCUGUGAAGUCUUUACAGCUCACCUUAUACGAAAAUCAGAUACUCUCACUGCUAGGACAUAAUGGAGCUGGUAAAAGCACGACAAUUUCAAUGCUUGUUGGCCUUCUUCGCCCAUCUUCAGGGGAUGCUUUGGUUUUUGGGAAAAAUAUUUUAACUGACAUGGAUGAGAUACGGAAAGUAUUGGGUGUGUGCCCCCAGAACGAUAUUCUUUUCUCUGAAUUAACGGUGAAGGAGCAUUUGGAAUUAUUUGCUAAUUUGAAGGGUGUGAAUGAAGCUUCUCUGGAUGGUGUUGUUACUGAAAUGAUUGAUGAAGUGGGAUUGGCUGAUAAAGUUAACACUGUCGUGAGGGCUCUCUCUGGAGGCAUGAAAAGGAAGUUGUCCCUCGGAAUUGCACUAAUUGGAGAUAGUAAGGUUGUAAUUCUUGAUGAACCUACCAGCGGAAUGGAUCCAUAUUCAAUGCGAUUGACAUGGCAGUUAAUCAAAAAGAUUAAGAAGGGCAGGAUAAUAUUGCUGACGACACACUCUAUGGAUGAAGCUGAUGUAUUAG